AUGGCGGAUACAGGAGUUAUUCCGGCAGGAGCCUUUGGCCUCGGAUUUGGAGCAGCUACCCCAUUAAUCAAUAGUCCACUGUUCGCUCUCUUAGCGAUCUUUGCAGCGGUUAUUGCUGUGAUCUUUGGAACUGAUAUACUCGAGGGUCCCCCUGGUCCGCCAGGAAGUACCGGUGUUACUGGAGUAACUGGUCCUACUGGCCCCACUGGUGCUACAGGAGUCACUGGUGCUACCGGUCCAACAGGUGCUACCGGGCCAGGGGUUACCGGUCCAGCAGGUGCUACCGGUGUCACAGGUGCUACCGGAGCUACAGGUGCUACCGGUGCCUCAGGUGUUGCCGGUGCCACAGGUGUUACCGGUGCCACAGGUGCUACCGGUGCCACAGGUGCUACCGGUGCCACAGGUGCUACCGGUGUCACAGGUCCAACCGGAUAA